UGAUGUUACUCAUUUUCCAUAUCAAACUCUAUUUUCUCUCACCAACAACACUUCUUCUCUCUAGCCUGACCCUAACGCCGCCGACCUCACUUCGCGGGCCGUCUCUCUUCCGUCUCCAUCAUCUACGUCCGUACUCGCUCCCAAUAUUUCAUCUUUCUCUCUUGCUAUUCUUCGAUUAUCCCACCAUAGAACCAUCAAGAUAAGGGUUUAAAACUUUAUUGAUUGGUUUGCGGACUCUGCAUCCCUUCCCCUUCUUUCUUGUGCAUCAAUGGCGGACUCUGCAGUUUCACUUGACAAGGUCAAAGGCUUCUUGUACGCCCAGUACAACGACGAGGAGAAGUGGGCCCUUAACGUGAAAUUACUCCGGGCUGUCGGUCUUUUUGCUGGAUCAGUAGUUCUGAUGCGAAACUAUGGUGAUCUUAUGGCAAUUUGAGGAGGAUAGUGUUGUCUAUUCUUAGUUGAAUCGAAUUACUUUUGAAAUCAGGUUUUUGAUAUGUGCCCUUCUCAUAAUGUCUUGAGUGUUGAACUCGUAAACCAUCUCAAGGUACUGAGAACAAUCAAAGUUUUCAUUCCUUUAUUCCUUUAGCCAUCAAGACAUUUGUCCUUGUCUUCAUAGGAGUUCAUCAUUUUAAAAAUACAGGUUUAUCCCAGAGAGAAAUGGUUAUAAUUGUUUAUCAAUCAAUUUGUUCCGUUGUUUGCCAUUAUUGGUAAGAUUUGGUUUUACAUACUAUACUGUGGAACAGAUUAGUUUGAGGCCUUUGUUUGACUUGAUACUAGGGCCAAGAGGUAAAAUUUCAUAUAUGUUUUCUCAAGCAUUGCCUUUUCUAUUGGAAUCUGGUUGGAAGAUUAUGAAUUGAAUGCAAUGACUAAAAUUAUAUUUUCA